AUGACAUUAAGACUGCGCGGCGGUAACGCGGGCAAGCUUGGAGAAGACGCCAUUUCGAUAAACGAAGAAGUGAUUUUGCGAUGCUCUGGUGAAGAUAUCUCUGAACCAAUAUCUGUUUUACUUCUAUAUGUUUUAGGAGAAAAGUACUCUGAAAAUUUAGAGAUUUUUGAAAAAAUAUGUGAUGCCUGUCUCCGCUUGACCAUCAGCAGCUACAAAUUUAUCAAACGUUCCAAAGAUAAUUUCGCAUUACUUGGAAACGCUAUAGAGGACCUUAACAAUGGCACUGAAAAUACAGCAGAAGAUUUUACUAACGUUGAAACCUUAUAUGUAAAUAUAAACCCUACUGAAUGCACUAUACAACAGUUUUAUGAUAAUAAACGUCUUGCUUUGCCGCUAGAAACAGCUUUGCCUAGAUUCCGUUUCAUAGCUCAUGGUCAAUAUUCGGCUAAUCCAAAUAAAAAGAAAAAUAAUGAGCGCCCUCGAGUAAGAGAUUUCUCAACUAUAUUUAUCAGGACUACAGAACUUAUAGCUGAUCCCAGUAAGAAAAAAGAGUUCAAAUGUAAAAUGUGCUUAAAAGAAUAUCCAUCAUCUGGUUGUUUGCGUCAGCAUUUCUUCUCUACUCACUUCAAGAAAGAAUUUCAAUGUAGUGAAUGUCCAAAGAGUUUUGGCACAUUAGGUUUAUUACAAAGUCAUAUUAAUGUGAGUCACUCUACUGUGGAGUGCCAUAUUUGUGGUAAACAAUUGAAGAAUAGGACUAGUACCAUAAAACGUCACCAUAUGAUGCACAAUAGCGCAACGAAAGUUUGUUUUCGUUGUGGGCGUAGUUAUAAGAAAGUUACAGACUUUAAUAAACACAUGGCUCAAGAUUCUUGUGCAGUACCAUCCAAAAUCAAAGGCAAUUUUACUUGCGAUCACUGUGGCUAUCACUGCAGUUUCAAGCAUCAAUUGUUGGCCCAUAUAAAAUAUGAACACACAGAUGCACAAGGCUUUUUGUGCAAAUGGUGUGGAAGGAAGUGUUAUAGCCAGAGUGCGUUAAAAACUCACGUAUUGAAACACACAAAAGAAAAGAACUUCACUUGUACGGAAUGUGGAGGAAGAUUUGUCACCAGACAGUCCUUGCUUAAUCAUACAAGAUUGCAUACAGGAGAACGUCCAUAUAAAUGUGAUUUUUGUGAUCAGUGUUUCUUGUCUGCAUCUCGUAGAAGAGAUCAUAUUGAUCGUCAUCAUUUACCAUCUUCGUAUGACUGUGAUAUGUGCGAUGCAAAGUACAACGCACGGCGGUCGUUAGUGAAACAUAGAAAAAGGCAUAUGAUGGGACACGAGGAGCAAACUGUGACUGAAGAAAUAGCUGAAGAUAAAACAGUUAUUGUGGAUGAGCGUUAUGUUACUGAAGUAAUUGUUGAAAAUUAAAAUUCGCCAGUUGAAAUUCGUAAAAGAUUUGGAAAAAUUAAAUUAGGUGAUUAGUUUUCGAUAAAUAUGGCA